UGCAUCUGUUGGAAAGCCAAAUUUAGGACUUUAUAAAUAGCUCAAGAUCACCCUGCUGAAGACACCAGAAGGCUUGGCUCGUUUCUCUGCAUGUAAGCUGAAUCUAUAGUAGGGAAUUUUCAUCGACGGUAGGAAGAGGUAUGGGCCUUCAGUUUUAAAUGUUUAGAAGGAGUAGUUCUAAGUCCCAGCUGUGCACCUUUUAGACACACUCAAGUAAUUGAUAGCAACAGCUUGGCUUUUGUUUGGGGUGGGGGGUUUUUUGUGGGGAGGGGUACGUCUGAGAAAUAUUAAAGGCAUUUUAAAGCAUUAAAAUUGUACUGACAAUUAAAUUAGAAAAUAUAUUCCAGGGUUGCUUUAAGAAUUAUUAUGUACUUCCAUAAUUUUAUGUGCACAUAAUUUAUAGAAAAUGUCACAUUUCUAAUAAAAAAAACCUAAUUUACUAGACUUAUUAAAAAUAAAUCAGAUUUUCUUCUAAAUUUGGAAACAUGAAUGAUUUGUUAACUAGCAGGAAAGAGAGUUGCUAUAUGGCAUAAUUGUUGUGCUAAGUAUUUUUGAUAAAUGAAGGCAUCAGGCUGAAGCAGAUUGAUUUGAUUAUAGGAUAUCAAUCAGCACUUGUAAAUACAAAAUGCGUUCUGUGUUGUUGUUUUUAAAAGAACUCCCAAUGAAAUACUGAUCACAUUUUAAAGUUUUUCUUAGAAAGUUGUUCCUGCAUGGGUUUACGUUUUCUUUUACUUUAUUCGUUGAUAGCGUGAGGCUGGGAAGUCGCUGGACUACAAUUCCCAUCAUCCGUUGCAAUUUGCCCUCCUGGCUGUGGCUGAUGGGAUUUGGAGUCCAACAACAUCUGGAGGAACUACAUGUUUCCUACGCCUGAUUUAGAGGCCUAGUUGGACAUUCUCUAGCCCUCAACUGGUCUAGGAGCAGAUACAAGGCUGGUGGGUGAAUCACUCACAACCCUUCCCCACCUCCCUAUUGCCCCAUUACACACAUCCUAAACCUGCUGGUACCAUAUCAGUAAGAAAACAGGAUGACAUGGACAUUUGCCCCUAUUCAGGAUGGCAGUUCUUAUUUUUUGUUUUGUUUUGUUAGGAUGCAGUCCCGUACCCACUUCCUGGCGAGUAAGCCCUAAUUAACUCAGUGGCACUUCUGACUAGAGACCCACAGCUAAACGGAAAACAAGCGGACUCUAUAAGUCCUUCCACCUCCCCUCUCCUAGACAAGCUUACAGUCGUACCUUGGUUCUCAAACGUAAUCCUUUCCUGAAGUCCAUUUGACUUCCGAAAACCAAGGCGCGGCUUCUGAUUGGCUGCAGGACCUUCCUGGCGGACCUCAAUAGUCUCCUUUCACAAGGGAAGGGCUCAAUUCUGGCCCAUGAAUCAGCAGCAAGUAGAGAUGGCAUUGAUGACAAGUCUUUAUUGUUGACUUCUUUCUCCUACCUGCAGAAUAGGUAAAUUCUGUUUUCAAUUAACUUGUUUAAUAUUUUUUUAAAGAGUGGGGGGAAGCUCUAAGGUAGCAGCUAGGGCCACGCGCCAUCGCCAUAAAUUGUAGUGCUAAGUUAACUAUGAAAAAUAUAUCUACUUUACGGAGUCUACAUAUAGUAAAUUGAACGCCAGUUUCACUAGCAUUCCUACAGAGAAAAAUACCUCUCUGCUGUGCCCAUGAUUUUAUAGACUUGCUAUAGAACGCAAUAGUUUAGCAGCAGCAUCAUUUGGUUUCACUGUAAAAUUAACGGAAUAAAUGCUUUUAAUUCCAGAGAAAAUGCCCAGUAUAUAAGUAAACCUGGAUUUCCAGCUUCUGUUCCAAAAGGCACACAUAUCAAACAUUUGCCGUAUUUCAGAUUACAUUGUUGCUAAAGUAACCUGUCUUCCUUCUCUUCAGUAUGUCAAACUUUGAGCAAUUUGAUAUAGAUUUUUACCAGUCAGAUUACAUCGCUGAAAACCAAGAGCAAGGUUAUAGCAGGCCUGAACCCCCUGGAAAUGAGUAUGGAAGCAAACAGUAAGUGCUUGAAAUAGAACAAAUUUACUGAUUUAAUUUUAACAUUGCAUUUCAAUUGCAAUUAAUAACACAAUUUAAUUGUUUCCCCCCUUUUGUUAAAAAUGUGAAAAUGUGUUCCAGCCUUGAGAAUUUUAUGAGGCGUAUCAGUUGGCUGCACUUAUAAUAAAACAAAAAACAUUAAAAUGUAUGCUUAGGGUACUUUACAGUCCCUUUACCUAAAAGAAGAAGAAGUAAUAACACAGAUUUAGAACAAGAUCCCACCAAUAGUUUUUCAAUAUUAAUCCCCACGUUUCUUGAACACAGUUGUAGCAAUGCAUUUUUUUACUUUCCUUCUUUCUUUCUUUCUUUCUUUCUUUCUUUCUUUCUUUCUUUCUUCCUUCCUUCCUUCCUUCCUUCCUUCCUUCCUUCCUUCCGAGGCCAACAAGACACAUUCUCCAAUUUCCAAAUGCUAAAGAAAGCGCAUCUUUUUCAUGGGCUGGCUUGCCUAUGAGCCGUGGUGAGGUGGUUGUCUCAGGGCAGCAGGCUCACGGGCAAUCGCCACUGCUAGGUGCUCGCUGCCUCCUCUUGCUCCUCCGCUGCUGCAGCCAUGGUCCCUGACACACUGCUGGUGGUUGGGCCACACUGUGGGUCACGGCAAGGGGAGUGGAGGAGCAGCAGUGGAGGAACAAGAGGCAGAGAGUGCCCAGCAGACCAGAGCACUGGGUACCUGGCAGGGUUGAGUGGCGGCCACCCAGCCAUGAUGAGGAGCAGGAGGAACUGGCAGGGCACAGUGAGGAGGUGAGCACACAGAGGUUUUACUGAGGGCCUUCUGGUGGUUCCCUCCAUGCGAGAAGUGAAGUUACAGGGAAUCAGGCAGAGGGCCUUCUCGGUAGUGGCGCCCGCCUUGUGGAACACCCUCCCGUCAGAUGUUGAGGAAAUAAACAACUAUCUGACUUUUAGAAGACAUCUGAAGGCAGCUCUCUUUAGGGAAGCUUUUAAUAUUUGAUGAAUUAUUGUAUUUUAAUAUUUUGCUGGAAACCCAGCCAGAUGGGUGGGGUAUAAAUAAAUUAAUCGCUUCUGUGCAUGCCCAGAUGCUGAAAAUUGCAGGUGUGAUUUUUGGUAUCUGGGCAUGCGCAGAAGCGAUUUCUGGUGUUGCGCUGCGCUAGCCCGACCCACAGAGGAUCUCCGCGGGAGUGAUCCAGCCCAUGCCUCCGCAGGAGUGAUCUUGCCGACCCCUGCUUAGACCCAAUUCAUACUUCACUGUUUUGAGGAAGAUGCCCUUUCACUCCAGUAGCAGUGCUUUUGACUCCCGUUCCCCAUGUUGUCUUCCUUGUAGAGGUUGGGCAGUUGCCUCGCCACCGCCAGAUGCAUUUGCUUCUCCAGAAAGGGCUUCAUCUUCUCAGCAGUACACAGGCCAGAUUUUUCAACCGGCGUUCACUUCAGAGUUCCCGCCUAACAGCGCUUACCCUGACAGCUUUGAUGAAGAACCGCCUUUGCUAGAAGGUACGGAAUUAAAAUGCUUAAUUACACUUUCCCCAUGUUCUGGCGGCUUAUACGUGGAGCUGAAUCCCUUAAUACUCACCGCAAAUUUCUGCGGUGUCAAGGAAGUGAUUUCUUUUCCUUCCCUAUAAUACAUCCUGUCUAAAUGAAGUGGAACUCACCUGAGGCUGUAGGCCUGCCUGAAUGUCACUAUUCGGCUGCCCUCAGGUGUGAUGGAAGAUGCUAUCCUGUUAGCAAUGUUAAGAGGUAAGGGUAAAGGGACCCCUGACGGUUAGGUCCAGUCGCGAACGACUCUGGGGUUGCGGCGCUCAUCUCUCUUUAUUGGCUGAGGGAGCCAGCGUACAGCUUCUGGGUCAUGUGGCCAGCAUGACUAAGCCGCUUCUGGCGAAGGAGAGCAGCGCACGGAAAUGCCGUUUACCUUCCCGCCAGAGUGGUACCUAUUUAUCUAGUUGCACUUUGACGUGCUAUCGAACUGCUAGGUUGGCAGGGGCAGGGACCGAGCAAUGGGAGCUCACCCCGUUGCGGGGAUUUAAACCGCCGACCUUCUGAUCGGCAAAGUCCUAGGCUCUGUGGUUAAAGCACAGUUCAAAUGGCAGUUUCUUUGACUUGUGCAUGUGGAUCGGUGAGGAGGGAGCAUCUUGUCUUUCACCUCCAGCAGUUGAAAAUGUUUUUGGCCAGCUCUGACCCUCUACACUGGGGUCAGCAAACUUUUUCAGCAGGGGGCCGGUCCACUGUCCCUCAGACCUUGUGGAGGGCCAGACUAUAUUUUUUUGGGGGGGGGGUGAACAAAUUCCUGUGCCCCACAAAUAACCCAGAGAUGCAUUUUAAACAAAAGCACACAUUCUACUCAUGUAAAAAACAUGCUGAUUCCCAGACCGUCCGCGGGCUGGAUUUAGAAGGCAAUUGGGCCGGAUCCGGCCCCCGGGCCUUAGUUUGCCUACCCAUGCUCUACACCGCUUGCAGGCCAGAAGCCAGAUUUUACUCCAUUCCUUGACUCCAUUUUGGCACCUUCUUUCAUGUUAAAAUUAAGCAGCAGAUCACAUGUUCUUAAUAGACAUUUCAUAAUGUCCAAAAUAUCAAACUAUAAAUUGCAAUUAAAACUCCCUUUCUUAUAAAUGAAUAAAUGUAAGCAAGAGAAAAGUUUAUUGAAGUUUGGUAUGUGUUAACUUACCACUCACACACACACGUUUUCAAUUGCUCUGGGCCCAGAAUAGUAAUUUAACUGAUCACAGCACAGUCAAAAUCCUAGGUAAAAAGUAUGUUUAAAAGCAAUAUUCAAUCUUAGGCUAUCAAAUCAGAAGCUUGGGGUUGGAGGGGAGAGCUUUGUUUAAUUUGUUGUCUUGCAUUUGUAACACAGACACAUGUUUAUAUUUGAAAGGGCAGCACUACAAUUUGCAUGGAAAAUAAAGGUGAUAACUCAUUUUUAUGGCACAUACAUCAUGUACUUUACUGCCUCUAGAUGACAGCAUCACAAUAAAUUUCAUAUUCAGAUUUCAUAGCAUUGCCUUUCCCUCUAUAUUUAUAUUGCAUAAUCAGAUAUCAUGUUAAGGUACCUAUAAUUAAUAAACACUUGUUAUAAUCUUGUUUACAUAUCUAGUAAUAAAUUUGCCAGCUUUUUUAAAAAAAAACAAAGGCAGCGUAUUCCAAGGCAAAACUUGAUAAAUUUCCUAUAACUAUGACAUACUAUAGAUUACCAUAACAACAUCAGCUGUGUUAGAUUUAAAUAAUGAAAAAGGUUAAAAAAUCUGUACAUGAAAUGCCUAGUGGAAAUAUUUGCAUCUCAUUCUGAUGUACCGGGAACUGUAAUUUACCCCCCCCCCCCACAGAGCUAUUAUUCCCAGCACCCUUAAACUGCAGUUCUCAGUAUUCUUUUUGGGUGGGGAGCGGGAUGUGUUUUGAAUGUGCUUUGUGUAUUUGCACUCCAUAGGACUCCCCUGUUAGAGUCUACCCUUUUCCCAUAUAUUUAAAUAAUGCACAGUUUUUAUCUCCAUUUGAUCCCUAAGAGGACAAAAGUGACCCCCAAGUCUAUCUACCUGUCUCAGGGGUGGGGAACCUAUGGCUCUCUGUUGGUUACUGAACUACAACUCCCAUCAUUCCAGAUUUCUGGCUAUGCUGGCCGGGGCUGAUGGGAGUUGAAGUGUGACAGCUUCUGGAGAGACACAGAUUGUUGUUGUUGUUUAGUCAUUUAGUCGUGUCCAACUCUUUGUGACCCCAUGGACCAGAGCAUGCCAGGCACUCUGUGUCUCUCCAGAUGCUGGAGACACUUCAACUCCCACAAAGGCCCAUAUAGUUAAAGCUAUGGUUUUCCCAGUAGUGAUGUAUGGAAAUGAGAGCUGGACCGUCAAGAAGGCUGAUUGCCGAAGAAUUGAUGCUUUUGAAUUAUGGUGCUGGAAGAGACUCUUGAGAGUCCCAUGGACUGCAAGAAGAUCAGACCUAUCCAUUCUGAAGGAAAUCAGCCCUGAGUGCUCACUGGAAGGACAGAUCGUGAAGCUGAGGCUCCAAUACUUUGGCCACCUCAUGAGAAGAGAAGACUCCCUGGAAAAGACCCUGAUGUUGGGAAAGAUGGAGGGCACAAGGAGAAGAGGGACAACAGAGGACGAGAUGGUUGGACAGUGUUCUCGAAGCUACCAGCAUGAGUUUGACCAAACUGCGGGAGGCAGUGGAAGACAGGAGUGCCUGGCGUGCUCUGGUCCAUGGGGUCACGAAGAGUCGGACACAACUAAACGACUAAACAACAACAAAGAUCUUUUAUUGUUUCUCUGCUUAUUGGCUGCUAGCGUGGGAGGGUUCAGAUUCCCCGAAACCUGACAGAAAGUCCCAUCAUCCCCAGCCAAUAUGGCCAUUGGCCCAGGAGCAUAGGAGUUGUAGUCCACGCCCAGGGACCCAAGGCUGGGAAGCUGCCUGAUGAACCUCCAGGGAGGAACACAAGUGGCUUAAACGGUCUCCAGAUUCUAUCCUUGCAAUCUGAAUAGGAAGACAGACAGUGGCUUGUUCAUAGAUGGUUCAUGAGUUUGCGGGUUCCUCAGUUCUGACUGGACCAUGCCCCCCUCUCUCUCCCCCCCAUACUUUUGGCAACCAAACUCCCCCCUCCCCCACAGACCGUUGGACAAUUGCCGACACUCUGCUGAACAAUUCCUCUGCCUGUUGCAGAAAUUGCUGUGUGCUGUGCUAGAUGCUUUACGAUUUUUAAUUGUAUUUUUAUCGCUUCUUUUAUUUCUUAAAUUGCAUUUUAUUGUAUUACAAUUUGCAGCCCGCCGGAUUCAAAUUGUAAAGCAAUAAAAUACAAUGUUAAAAUAUAAAAAAAAUAAAAUAAGCAAUAAAACACAAUUAAAAGUCACUGUGAAUAUUUAGUGUGCACAUGCUACAGGCCAUCAGAACGAAGCUCGCUGACCAUGGCUGAUCCCACAGACCACGAUUUGGGAACCACUGACUGUGAACCACCCUGACUGUGAAAAUGUCAGAAGCAAAAUGCUAUUUUUGCUGGGAGCUUGGGUAAUUUCACACACUUCUGCCGCCCCUGUUGCUUCACAUCUUUCCAAGCAAGCUGGCUAGGAGAAUUUGUUAUCCACCACUGGAGUUUGGCGUAGUGAUUAGAAAUACAUUUGUAAACUUCAGGUUAUUGUUGUUUUGUUGUUGUUGUUGUUGUUAAAUAAGGCUUUCCUAGGAAAACAUGUGUCUGUGUACAAAUGCACAGGCAUUUUCCUGGCCAUCUCACCCAAAAUGACUGCAAAAAAGGACCCACUUGCAUCUUUCUCAGAGGCCAGGUGUUGGACGAGAAGAUGGAGGGUGAUGAGGUUUUGUGAGGGGCUGGUGGGGGCCUUUCUGAGCCCAGGAACCCUUGUCCACUGCCCAAUCUAGCCAACCAUUGAAUCUAAGCCUACUGUGAAGGAUGACUGGAUCUGCCUGCUUCUCUCACCAUCACCCCCACCAAAAAACCCCCCACAUUUUGCUUAACACAAAGACAGAAUGCUUAGACAGGGCUAGAGUGUUUCAAGCUCUUUGUGCUUUCUGGGGUUUCUGUGGCUUAAGGCAGCCCUGAGGCUUUGAGAACAGCCCGAUUUGGCAUAGGACGCCUUGCAGAAUACCUUUUUCAACUCGGAAGAGCCUAGAAUCUCUCCAAAUUUGCCUGUUUCAGCUUAGAAUUCAUCCAAGCCUCCCCCCCCCCGCAAAAAAAUGCUGAGAGGUUUCCAAUGUUUGCAGCUGACAGGCUGCAUUCGGCUUGUUGGAUCACUAGUAGAAUCAUAGAAUCAUAGAGUUGGAAGAGACCACAAGGGCCAUCGAGUCCAACCCCCUGCCAAGCAGGAAACACCAUCAGAGCACUCCUGACAUAUGGUUGUCAAGCCUCUGCUUGAAGACCUCCAAAGAAGGAGACUCCACCACACUCCUUGGCAGCAAAUUCCACUGUCGAACAGCUCUUACUGUCAGGAAGUUCUUCCUAAUGUUUAGGUGGAAUCUUCUUUCUUGUAGUUUGGAUCCAUUACUCCGUGUCCGCUUCUCUGGAGCAGCAGAAAACAACCUUUCUCCCUCCUCUAUGUGACAUCCUUUUAUAUAUUUGAACAUGGCUAUCAUAUCACCCCUUAACCUCCUCUUCUCCAGGCUAAACAUGCCCAGCUCCCUUAGCUGUUCCUCAUAAGGCAUCGUUUCCAGGCCUUUGACCAUUUUGGUUGCCCUCCUCUGGACACGUUCCAGUUUGUCAGUGUCCUUCUUGAACUGUGGUGCCCAGAACUGGACACAGUACUCCAGGUGAGGUCUGACCAGAGCAGAAUACAAUGGCACUAUUACUUCCCUUGAUCUAGAUGCUAUACUCCUAUUGAUGCAGCCCAGAAUUGCAUUGGCUUUUUAGCUGCCGCGUCACACUGUUGGCUCAUGUCAAGUUUGUGCGUCAACCAAGACUCCUAGAUCCUUUUCACAUGUACUGCUCUCAAGCCAGGUGUCACCCAUCUUGUAUUUGUGCCUCUCAUUUUUUUGCCCAAGUGCAAUACUUUACAUUUCUCCCUGUUAAAAUUCAUCUUGUUUGUUUUUGCCCAGUUCUCUAAUCUGUCAAGGUCGUUUUGAAGUGUGAUCCUGUCCUCUGGGGUGUUAGCCACCCCUCCCAGUUUGGUGUCAUCUGCAAAUUUGAUCAGGAUGCCCUUGAGUCCAUCAUCCAAGUCGUUGAUAAAGAUGUUGAAUAAGACCGGGCCCAAGACAGAACCCUGUGGCACCCCACUAGUCACUCUUCUCCAGGAUGAAGAGGAACCAUUGAUGAGCACCCUUUGGGUUCGGUCAGUCAGCCAGUUACAAAUCCACUGAGUGGUAGCAUAGUCAAGACCGCAUUUUACCAGCUUCUUUACAAGAAUAUCAUGGGGCACCUUGUCAAAUGCCUUGCUGAAAUCAAGGUAGACUACAUCCACUGUGUUCCCUUCAUCUACCAGGCUUGUAAUUCUGUCAAAAAAUGAGAUGAGGUUAGUCUGACAUGACUUAUUUUUCAGAAAUCCAUGCUGACUAUUGGUGAUCACAGCAUUCCUUUCUAGGUGCUCACAGACUGUUUGCUUAAUGAUCUGCUCCAGAAUCUUCCCUGGUAUUGAUGUCAGACUGACUGGGCAGUAAUUAUUUGGGUCCUCUCUUUCCCCUUUUUGAAAAUAGGGACAACAUUUGCCCUCCUCCAGUCUGCCGGAACUUCGCCUGUUCUCCAGGAAUUCUCAAAGAUGACUGCCAGUGGUUCUGAGAUCACAUCUGCCAGUUCUUUUAAUACUCCUGGAUGCAGUUCAUCUGGCCCUGAAUACAUCUAAACUAGCCAAGUUUGUAUACACUUGAAUACAUCUAAACUAGCCAAGUAUUCUUGUACUAUCUCCUUAGUUAUUCUGGGCUGUGUUUCCUUUGCUGGAUCAUUUGCUUCAAAUUCUUCAGGUCGGGCAUUGUUUUCUUUAUCGGAGAAGACUGAGGCAAAGAAGGCAUUGAGGAGUUCAGCCCUUUCUGUGUCCCCUGUUUGCAUUUCACCAUCUUCUCCUCUGAGUGACCCCACUGUUUCUUUGUUCUUCCUUUUGCUACGAACAUACCCAUAAAAGCCUUUUUGUUGCUUUUAACCUCUCUAGCAAGCCUGAGUUCAUUCUGUGCUUUAGCUUUUCUGACUUUGUCUCUACACGUGCUGGCUAUUUGUUUGAAUUCCUCUUUGGUGGUUUCCCCCUUUUCCAUUUUUGUACACAUCCUUUUUUAAUCUUAACUCAGUUAAAAGUUCUUUAGAUAGCCACCCUGGCUUCUUUAGGCACCUUCCAUGUUUCCGUCUCAUUGGUAUUGCCUGACGUUGUGCUUUUACUAUCUCCCUCUUAACAAACUCCCAGCCAUCAUGAACUCCCUUUCCUUUUAGUAUUACUGUCCAUGGGAUCUCACCCAGCACUUCCCUAAGUUUUAUGAAGUCGGCUUUCUUAAAGUCAAGAAAUUGAGUCCUAGUAUGCUUGGCUGCUCCUUUCCGCUGUAUAGUAAACUUCAGAAGAGCAUGAUCACUCGCGCCUAAUGAUCCUUCCACUUCUACCCCACUAACCAGGUCAUCAGCAUUGGUUAGGACCAGAUCUAAAAUGGCUGUUCCUCUUGUUGCUUCUCCCACUUUCUGGACAAUGAAGUUGUCUGCAAGGCCAGUGAGGAAUCUGUUUGACCUUAUGCUCUUGCCUGAGUUUGACAUCCAACAAAUAUCCGGGUAAUUGAAGUCCCCCAUUACUACUAUCUCCCUUCCUUUUGCAUGCUUGGCCAUCUGUUCCAGGAAGGCAUCAUCUAUGUCCUCCGUUUGGCUUGGGGAUCUAUAGUAAACUCCCACAAUGAGGUCACUGUUAUUCUUCUCUCCUUAAUUUUGACCCAAAUGCUCUCACUUUGGCUUUGAGGUUCUAAAUCUUGGAUCUCUUCACAGGUAUACACAUCCCUGACAUAUAACGCCACUCCUCCUCCUUUCUUGUCUGGUCUGUUUCUCUGAAAUAGAUUGUAUCCCCCCAUUAUUACAUUCCAAUCGUGGGACUUAUCCCACCAGGUUUCAGUGAUGCCUAUUAUGUCAUAUUUAGUUUGCUGUACCAAGAGCUCAAGCUCAUCUUGUUUAUUUCCCAUGCUUUGCGCAUUAGUGUACAGACACUGAAGUCCAUUAAUCAUUCCCCCGUGUCUCUUAUUGGAUUUUUUUCCUCCCACCACUAGGUCUGCAUGCUGUUUGCUCCAUUUGGUCUAUGACAUUUGGAUGAUCAUCUUCAUCAAUUGAUAGACUCCUACCUUCAGGAGCACUGUCUCCCUCCCCCACAUUAGUCAGUUUAAAGCCCUCCUGAUGAGGUUUCUGAGAUUUUUGGCAAAAACAUUUCUCCCAACUGUUGUGAGGUGCAGUCCAUCGCUUGCCAGAAGUCCAUCUUCAAGAAACUGCAGUCCGUGAUCUAAGAAUCCAAACCGUUCCUGUUUACACCAUUUGCGAAGCCAGCUGUUCACUUCCACUAUUUUUCCCUCUCUCCCUGGGCCACGUCGUUCAACUGGGAGGACAGAUGAGAUGACAAUUUGUGCAUUUAAUUGCUUCAAUUUCCUGCCCAGAGCCUCGUAGUCUCUUUUGAUCUUCUGGAGGCUAUUGCUUGCAGUGUCAUUGGUUCCCACAUGAACCAAGAGGAAGGGGUAUUUGUCAGUGGGUUUUAUGAUUCCUUGCAGUCGUUCAGUUACAUCUUGGAUCUUAGCCCCGGGGAGACAGCACACUUCCCGAGACAUCUUGUCAGGCCCACAGAUCACUGCUUCUGUUCCCCUCAGUAGAGAAUCCCCUAUCACCACUACACGCCUCCUCUUAGGUUUGGUCGGGGUUCUUCCGUGAGCUGUCCAUUCCAAGGUCGCCUGCACAUUCCCUGAGGACUGACUUUGCUGCUCGUCUUCAUAUACCUGAUCGACUGUAAUGAGGGAGAUCCUCAAAUGGAGUCUGCUCUUCGUCUUCCAUGCUAGGGGAGAGGACCUCAAAGCGAUUGUGUAUUUCUAAACAAUCAGAGCGAACCCUGGGCCUCCUACUUCUUUGAGUCACGUUUCUCCAUAUAUCUGGCUCCUGUGUUGGUGAACUAGCCUCCUUCUCAGGGGAGUCCCCUAUCUCCUCCUUGGUGGAGACGGUGUGCUCUGUUGCGUCCAAGAAGAGCUCCAGCUCUCUAAUUCUUUGGAGCGUAGCUACACGUUCCUCCAGUUGCUGGACUUUGUCUUCUAAGAGGGCAAUCAACAUGCAAUUGCUGCAGGUAAAGCUGCCUGCAACCUUUGGCAAGAUGGCAAACAUUGCACAGGAACCGCAGGCGACUGCAGCUCUUCCCUCCCCCUCCAUCUUGAGAACGUGUUGUUGGGGGUGGCUACAGCGGUCCUCCAUCAUAAAAAGCGUGAAGACAGGACAAAUAACUCCCCCCACAAAAAACCUUGGUCUCCCCCAACAAACGUUUGAGACUAGCUCCCCUAAAUCUAAAAGAUGGAUCAAACUGCGCGCGCCGCUGCCCUGCAAGCUCUGAUAAGCUCCUCCCACAGCUAAUCACCUGCCUCAACAGAAACCCUGCCCCCUCUGACCUUUGCACAGGGAGAGCAGCUAAUCAGCCACAAAGAAACACACACACACACACACACACACACACACACAAGAAAACCCCUUUUGCUCCUUCUUCAACUGCUGCCCUGCAAGCUCUGAACAGGCCUUUUAAUAGUAUAAGCUUAAUAUUCAUACAAUGCUACGUUUGACUAUGUUGUAUUUAAAAUGCUAUGCAGAGAGGUUUGCACUAGGCAUGAGGUGUUUGUCUUUAGCAAAUGCGGCAAGGAGAGUGUUUAAGGCUAAUUAAUGGCUCAUCCCAGAAACCCAAGCAGAGAUCUCUCACAGCAAAAAGAUGAAACCUGAGAACUCAGCGUAUCAGAGAUAGUGAACAAGCAAGAUGGUUCCAUAGGAUCUCAUUAGAGAGAGAGGAAAAUUAUUGAACUGUAUUAAUGACUGAAAAGAAUAUCAGACCGCAUUCCUUGCUUAUUUACGAGCAAUGUGUUAUUUUGUAUUUUGUAUUGUUCAUUUGUAACUGUUUCAAUACUGCGGUAAAGCUAUGGAACUCAUUAUUGUGGCGGAGAGCAAAUUCAUUUCUGCUCUGAACAAGGUCUGGAUAAGGGAUUCCAUUUGCAAUGACUCUGACAAAGCUUAUGUUACUGAAUCCUGAAAGCCACCUACUCCGAAGCGAGGUCUCCACUACAGCCACUUUCUUGUCUGCCGAAAUUAGUGAUUGCCUUAUGAAAACAAUGCAAUAUCUUCUUGUACAAUGGGAUUGCACGGGCAGCUCAUUAAUCAAAUAAAUAAAAGUAGCAUGGAUAUGGGAUGUGGGUGGCGCUGUGGGUUAAACCACAGAGCCUAGGACUUGCCGAUCAGAAGGUCAGCGGUUCGAAUCCCCACGAUGGGGUGAGCUCCCGUUGCUUGGUCCCUGCUCCUGCCAACCUAGCAGUUCGAAAGCACAUCAAAGUGCAAGUAGAUAAAUAGGUACCGCUCCGGCGGGAAGGUAAAUGGCGUUUCCGUGCGCUGCUCUGGUUCGCCAGAAGCAGCUUAGUCAUGCUGGCCACAUGACCCGGAAGCUGUACACCGGCUCCCUCAGCCAGUAGAGUGAGAUGAGCGCUGCAACCCCAGAGUCAGGCACGACUGGACCUAAUAGUCAGAGGUCCCUUUACCUUUACCUAGCAUGGAUAUAAAGAGCAUAUCCAUCAACAUUCGCAUUGGAAGAUGUCCGAUUUCAUCCACGUAUUGUAUUGGGUGCAAGAGAAACAGAGCAUGCAGUGAAGGCUGUUGCACCCAGGUCCUGCUUGUGAACUUUCCAGAAGUCUCUGUUGGCUGCUGCACUACAUGGGUCAUUGGCCUGAUUCAACAGGGCUAUUCCUGUCAGUGAUCUGGUUCACAUAGUUUUCCUUUGCCUAACUGAGUAAUCAAUACUUCCAAAUUAAGUCUUGGCUACAACGCAUGCAUCAUUAGAAUAAUUUGCCUACAGCCAACCGACUGUUUUGUUAUUCUAAAGCGAGCUAUUGCAGUGAGGUUUUUCAUUUAGGAUGAUUGACCGUUUUGAAACUUCUUCCCCCUCCUCCGUUACAGAGCUGGGGAUCAACUUCGAUCACAUCUGGCAAAAAACAUUAACCGUCCUCAACCCAAUGAAGCCAGCAGAGGGCAGCAUCAUGAAUGAGACGGACCUGACAGGGCCUAUGGUUUUCUGCCUGGCGCUUGGAGCGAUGCUGCUACUGGUACGGUAUAGUGCAAACUGCCGCUGUUCUCAUAGCAAUAUCCUCAGUAGAAAGGCAAACGACUUUGGGCUUUGUAGGGAGAAGGAGCUCGAUUAAAAGCCCCACGUGCUAAGGAAUGUCGAAAGCAACAGCGACUCAUUUGCUAGGAAGCUAGCCUUGUGGCUGCACCCUGCUCAAGUGAGCUGCUUCUGAUCAAUGGUCAGGGAUGAUAGGAGGUCAUGUGCACGGUCUCUGGAGAGCCACAGACUUCCUAUCGCUGGGAUAGUGGGAAAGGACACCUGAACGCAGCACCUACAGCUAUCUAACCAACUUAAUUGAUGAACUGAAAGCUUUCUCAGCUGCCUUGUGUGGUUGUGCCCUCCCCAGGCACCUUCCAUUAUAUAAAGCGCAACACAUUGAACUUGAAAUCUUCCGAGCCACUCAGACGUGAUGCGGCUGCUGUGCUUCCUGACCUGUUCAAAAAGGGCUUCUUGCAACUGGGAGAGGAAAGUGGCUAAGAGCAUCAGAAAAUAGGGCUGUCAAUAUAUAGGUACCAACAGGAGAAAAACAACAACCCAACCCAUUUUAAAAAAAAUAAAAAUUAGGUAGUUAUCUGAAACUACCUUAUUGGGACAUGUUCCCUUAAAAGUUGCCAGCAGCGCUUUUGCUUAGAACACUAUAUGUUGUGCUAAUUACUGUAUGUGAUUAAUAACAAUAAGAGUCAUUUUCUUAUUUAUAACCUGCCCAUCUGGCUGGGUUUCCCCAGCCACUCUGGGCGGCUCCCAGCAAAAUAAUGAAAACAUGAUAAAACAUCAAACUUUGAAAACUUCCCUAAACAGUACAUACCCCAAAACGUGCAUGCGGGUGGCGCUGUGGUCUAAACCACUGAGCCUCUUGGGCUUGCCAGUCAGAAGGUUGGCGGUUCGAAUCCACGAGACGGUGUGAGUUCUUAUUGCUCUGUCCAAACUCCUGCCAGCCUAGUGGUUCGAAAGCAUGCCAGUGGAAGUAGAUAAAUAGGUGCCACUUCAGCGGGAAGGUAAACAGUGUUUCUGUGUGCUCUGGUUUCCCUCACAGUGUUCCAUUGCGCCAGAAGCAGCUUAGUCCUGCUGGCCACAUGACACGGAAAACUGUCUGUGGACAAACGCCGGCUCCCUAGGCCUGAAAGCGAGAUGAGCGCCGCAACCCCAUAGUUGCCUUUGACUGGACUUAACCGUCCAGGGGUCCUUUACUGUCAGAGAACUGCCAUCGGAGCUGGAAGCGGAGGGGAGGCUCCAAAGGGAUGGCGGAGAGGGUCCCAGUAGGGAGAGAGGGAGCCCGUCUGCUGGGGAAGGAAAUCAGCGUAACACCAGUGUAGAAGGGGGGCAGAUGGGGGAAUCAGAGAGGAGGCUCCAAGACUCCUCGCCGGAGACCAGCGGAGAGAGUACGGGUACUCCGCUGCCCACACCCUCCCUGCGCAGAAGACUUCCGCGCAGGGAGAGUAGGAGGAGACUUGGCGUCAAGGAACUUUUGUGCUGGAAAAAGUUUAAGAAACGCCCACUGACGGAUUCUGCCAGCGACUGAGACAGUCAUGAUGCUGGAGGCUGUUCAGUCAGAAAGGGUUAACCAGGUAACCUAGCCAGGAGUGGCGGCAACUUACGCACGAGCAACCCCUAAACCCAUUACAUUUACCUUUACUUUUUUUGCAUGUUAGGAUGCCAGGUCAUUAGGUUCAGCCCGAUUUCACACAUGGCUGCAUGUGAGACUGCUGUGUACAGUGGUACCUCGGGUUACAUACGCUUCAGGUUACAUACGCUUCAGGUUACAGACUCCGCUAACCCAGAAAUAGUACCUCGGGUUAAGAACUUUGCUUCAGGAUGAGAACAAAAAUUGUGCUCCAGCGGCAUGGCAGCAGUAGGAGGCCCCAUUAGCUAAAGUGGUGCUUCAGGUUAAGAACAGUUUCAGGUUAAGAUCAGACCUCCGGAACGAAUUAAGUACUUAACCAGAGGUACCACUGUAAAUGUGUGUGUUUCCAGUGGCGUAGCGUGGGGGGUGCAGGGGGGGCCAGCCGCACCGGGCGCAACAUCAGGGGGGGCGCUUGCACUCGCAGCUCUCUGCCCCUACCUGGCUCGAGUGCUAAAAUCGACGGGUUAGGGGGCGCAAAUUACUUGCCUUGCCCCGGGUGCUGACAACCCACGCUACGCCACUGUGUGUUUCUUCCAUAGCUGCCCUCCUCGGGGGCUUAAGAUGGGAGAAAAAAGGAGGCAGAAAUGUAGCCUGGCCUGUCCCAUUUUAGAACUCAUUGGCGCAUGUUGACUCUCUGCGCCUGCCAAAGAAGAAGACUUUUGUCCGUGAUUCUGCCUCUGGCUUACCAGCAUCUGAUGACUUCUGCUUUCUGAUUCACUCGGGGCCUGACCCUGCUAAGAUGCCAGAACAUUUGAAACAAAAAGUUGGCAACUCUUUUAAACAGCUGCUGGAUCAGCACCAAUUAGCAGGUUAUAAUGUUCAUUCCCAUGUGAUGAAAACCUUCGGUGUGCUGAGUUCUGGAGAUCAAGCUGUUGUUAAAGCCCAGAGACCAGGCUGCAUUUUUUCCUCCUUAUUAAGCAAAGCUCCCGGCGAAGGGAUGGAGUAGAACGAGAGGAGCAACUUAGUUCUUUCCAGUUGUCAUUGGACCUCCAACUCUUUUCAGCCCCAGACAGUGUGGACCAGUGGUCAGGGAUGAUGGGAGCUGUAGCCAAACCAUCUCUGGAAGGUAGGACAUUUGCUACCCCUGGAGUCGAAGACAUGGUGGUUGCACCCAUUGGAAAAUGUAUGCAUCAUCUCCUGCUGAUAACCCAAGUAAUGGCUAUUCUUUGUUGCAUCCACCAUAUAGAAAAUAAACCAAGGAAAGUUGAUACACCUGUAGGACCUUCAAGUCCUUUUGGUGACAUGUUGGUUGUAACCUUGCUGAAGGAACAGAACUACAAUGUGGCAUUUUUCACCCCACCAAUUGGCACACCUUGCCAGCAGGUUGAGUUUAUGGCGCACAGGUGAGGGCCUGUUUUCGUUUAGAUGCAAUAAUAAUAAUAAUAAUAAUAAUAAUAAUAAUAAUAUUUAUACCCCGCCCAUCUGGCUGGGUUUCCCCAGCCACUCUAGGCAGCUUCCAACAAAAUAUUAAAAAUACAUUAAAACAUCAGUAAUUAAAAACUUCCCUAAACAGGGCUGCUUUCAGACGUCUUCUAAAAGUCAGAUAGUUGUUUAUUUCCUUGACAUCUGGUGGGAGGGCAUUCCACAGGGCGGGUGCCAGUACCAAGAAGACCCUCUGCCUGGUUCCCUGUAACUUUGCUUCUCGCAGUGAGGGAACCGCCAGAAGGCCUAUUUCCGCUGCCGUUUUCUUUUGUCUCUUUUGGUCAGCCUUGCCAAAUUCCACCUGAGCGCCCCACAUAGAGAACUGGUUGCAUGAAUGAUUAUGGCACUCCUAGAAAUGAGUCCACGUUUACCUUUUUUUUUUUUGACAUGUGGCUGAGAGCAUUCAGAAAUUUACCCGGAGGGUAGUGUCAUUAUGCAGUCUAGUCACUAGGUGGCACUGGACUUAGAUGUAGCUGUGUGGAUUCAGGAGUUUCCUGUGUCCCGUUUACAAAACAAAAGCAUGGUUGGCUACCUUUCUGACUGGUGUGUCCUUUAAGCCUUCCAUGACAUCUACCAUUAUAUGGUGCUGGCAUUCAUGUGGUGAUUUGGUUAUAUAAAUUGGCAUAGGCUGGCUAAGAAUUACUGGUGGCGUGUGCAAUAAGAGUGGGGUAAAUCAGCUCGAAGAAAACCUGCCAUCUGCAGCAUUCCCACUCCUCCCAGGAAUACUGCUGCUACUGCUGCUAAAGAAGCUAUUGUCUAUGGUAUAUAUUGCAAAGCCAGCCAGAAGGGAAUUAGUAGCAGUACAAGAAGAAACGAACCAUUCUAAGGAGGACAGUCACAUGUACCAUAGGGGAAAGGGCGGUAGCUCAUUGGUAGAGCACUUGCUUUCAAUGCAGAAGGUCCCAAAAAUCCGGAUAGGUCUGAGAGAUCCCUCUUUGUGAAACUGUGGAAAGCCACUACCAAUCAAUGUAGACAAUACUAAGCUAGAUCAAACAGCUUCCUUUGUUCCAGAAUUGUGGAUACUGGUGAACACAGAUAAAGGGACAAAGACGAAGAGCCUUGUACUGUCACACCAUUAAGAAUGGCCUUGUUUAGUCGUUUAGUCAUGUCCGACUCUUCGUGACCCCAUGGACCAGAGCACGCCAGGCACUCCUGUCUUUCACUGCCACCCACAGUUUGGUCAAACUAUGGUAGGUUCGAGAACACUGUCCAACCAUCUCGUCCUCUGUCGUCCCCUUCUCCUUGUGCCCUCUAUCUUUCCCAACAUCAGGGUCUUUUCCAGGGAGUCUUCUCUUCUCAUGAGGUGGCCAAAGUAUUGGAGCCUCAGCUUCAGGAUCUGUCCUUCCAGUGAGCACUCAGGGCUGAUUUCCUUAAGAAUGGCCUUAGCAGUUCUCAACCUGUGGGUCCCCAGAUGUUGUUGGACUACAACUCCCAUCAUCCCUGAGCUCUGGCCUUGCUAGCUAGGGGUGAUGGGAGUUGUAGUUCAACAACAUCUGGGGACCCACAGGUUGAGAAAGGCUGCGGCUUAGGUUGUAUCUACCCCUGCAGGGACUCAGCUGGACUGGUCCAUUAUAACGUUAAAAAUGUGUUAUAAAAAUGUGACACCAGAAGGCGCUGUGGAGCAGUGAUCAAUCAUCAAUGGCAAAAUGCAUUGGGAGCUACCGUAUAUUUUUAAAUAACUUUUUAACAGCGUUUUUCAUACCUCUGUAGAUCCUGCUCAGAUGUGUGGAACCUUUGGCCCUCCAGAUGCCGAUGAACUACAACUUCCAUCGUCCCUGGCCAUUGGCCAUACCUGCAGGGGUUGAUGGGAGUUGUAGUUCAGCAACUUCUGGCGGACCAAAGGUUCCUCACACUUGUUCUACCACCUGAAACAGAGACCUAAAAGACAAUGAGCAGCCUUGAGCAGUUGGUGCACCGGGACUGAAUAACAUUCAGAUUUCCAGAUUGCUGGUUUCUGUGUCAAUUUCUGGCAAAAUCUCUCUCAGAGAGGCUUGAACAUAUUCCUUCUUGGUCUGUACUUGGUCUGUAGUUUGAGGGAUGGCAAGUAUUUCUGGGCCAAAGUUGCCACCUGUGGGCUAAGUCAUAAAAGGUUAGAUCUGAGAAAAUAAUGUGUGUUCUGUGUACAUAAACCUCAUCAGAAAUAUUAAGUUCCAAAGCAGUGAAUUCCCCCCACCCCACAAACAAGCCUCUAAUGAAAGUCAAGGAGAUAGAAACACAUGUGGGGCAUGGGAAAUGGGAAGAUAAUUUGAAUUCAUCUGUUCCAGCUUCAUUUCCCUCCUCUCCUCCCCAACUACCCCCUUCCCUUUCUUAUUGCACCGAAACCUUCCUCCUCUGCCAAGCAGUAUAUCAAAGAGAGUUUUCAUUUAGCCGCUAUCUUGCUGUCUUCUGCCUCUGGCGCAAGCAAUUUGUUAAUCUUAGAUUAAGCUGCUAAGUAUGGCUGUGUCAAUUAAUCAAACGCUCUGGAACAAACAAGUUAAAAUAUUAGCUGAUUAUUGCUGGCAUUGUGUUUAUGCGCGGCAUCUGCAGGAAAUAUUGCAGAUCAAACCUCCCUGGCCAAAUUGAAAAUGCUAAACCUAUUGAAAACCUUUAAUGACUAUCGAGGUUGUUGAUAGUAAUCUGUUACACUAAUGGCAUUAUAUACCCACAGUAUGUCAGCAGCAGUCGGGGGAGUGCUGGAAAUAUGAGUGUUGGAAAAGCCAGUGGCCCGUUAAUUCUCUUUCAGAGAUAAAAGUGUCUUCUCAAAUUGUCACGACAGUCCUUGUUACGGAGUCAAUAGCUAUUAACAUGCUGUCCCAUGUGGGUCUCCUCACGUGUCAGUCCCAUUGAGUUCAAUGGGAAUUAAUCCCAGGUAAGGCGGGUGGCGCUGUGGGUUAAACCACAUAGCCUAGGACUUGCUGAUCAGAAGGUCGGCGGUUCAAAUCCCUGUGACGAGGUGAGCUCCCAUUGCUUGGUCCCUGCUCCUGCCAACCUAGCAGUUCGAAAGCCCGUCAAAGUGCAAGUAGAUAAAUAGGUACCACUCCGGCGGGAAGGUAAACGGCAGUUCUGUGUGCUGCUCUGGUUCGCCAGAAGCGGCUUAGUCAUGCUGGCCACAUGACCUGGAAGCUGUACGCCGGCUCCCUCGGCCAAUAAAGUGAGAUGAGUGCCGCAACCCCAGCGUCGGUCACGACUGGACCUAAUGGUCAGGGGUCCCUUUACCUUUACUUUUUAAGGAUGUGUAGGAUUGCACCCUAAAAGGGGGGGGGAUGAUAACUGGGUGAAGCAAAGGAAGAAGAAGAAAAGUGCCAUGAAAAGGUAAACGGUCAUUGAUAGGUUAAUGCAGCGGCAACUGCUUUUUGGCUGCAAUAUUAGGGGAAGAAAUCACAAUUGUACUUUUGGUGCCAUCAGCUUGGAGAUUCAUAAAAGGUAUCACUGAAACUUUCUAGGUAUUCAUUUGCUUACAGUGGCCAAGCGCACGCGCUCAGACACAUUUUGUGGAUUCAGUUACGUAAGUUUUGUACUUUUUCAUGAAGAGGUAUGAUGUAUCUUUGCUGCAACAGAAAGGUGCACCCAGAUGUUGAACACUUUGCAGAACGCUCAGUACGGAGAAGACAAAAAAGAACGGGUACAAGCCAGCAAAGUCAGCAAUAACUAGACCCUGGUUCUCACUAGAGUGGUAAUCUUCAUUACAUCUGGCCGCAGGCAAGAGUUUACGUGACUGCUUGUUCCUCCAUAUGGCAGGGAAAACCUUCCAUGUAGAAAACUAGAUGUUGGGAUGGAAGGAAGGGUCUUGCAUAGCUGACUCCCUGGUAUGUUGGCUUUCCAUGUGGAAGGAAUUGUGUUACAGGUCAAUUAUAUCUCAGGGUACUGCCAGAUACUCUGUUUAGUGAGCAUUCGCCUGUGUUUGCAGAGAGAUUAGACAAUGUUGGCUAUUGGAUGAUCUGUUUGCACACAAAAAUGCGGGGAGUUUAGAUUACAUCUGCUAUUUAUCGAGCACUCAUUCUGAUUUAUUUGUGGGAAGCUUAAAGGUAAAGGACACCUGACCAUUAGGUCCAGUCGUGACCGACUCUGGAGUUGCGGCGCUCAUCUCGCUUUAUUGGCCGAGGAAGCCGGCGUACAGCUUCCGGGUCAUGUGGCCAGCAUGACUAAGCCGCUUCUGGCAAACCAGAGCAGCACACAGAAACACCAUUUACCUUCCCACCAGAGCGAUACCUAUUUAUCUACUUGCACUUUGAGGUGCUCUCGAACUGCUAGGUUGGCAGGAGCAGGGACCGAGCAACGGGAGCUCACCCUGUCGUGGGGAUUCGAACUGCUGACCUUCUGAUCGGCAAGUCCUAGGCUCUGUGGUUUAACCCACAGCGCCACCCGCUGGGAAGCUUAGCUAAUAAUAAUAACAAUGAUUAUUAUUCUUAAUGAUGUUGUGUCAAAUGAAACGUUGCCCCACAUUUUCCAGCACAUUUCCCUCAUAAUCAAUGCAUCUCUGGUUCCUUAAGGAUGCAUCUCAUCUGUCCCUUUUUUUAGGCGGGAUUCCAUCACAUAACAGCAAAUUCUACCCCCAUUUCCUCCAUGGCUUGGCAGAAAGGAAGACCCUCCACUUCUUUUCCGGCUGAUCUACCAUUUGUAUGGUGAUCCCCAUCUCUCUUUCUUCAUUUCUACAGGCGGGAAAAGUCCACUUUGGCUACGUUUACGGCAUGAGUGCUAUUGGUUGCACAGCAAUUCAUGCUUUGCUCAGCCUGAUGAGCAUCACAAGUGUUUCCUAUGGCUGUGUGGCGAGUGUGCUAGGCUACUGCCUGCUGCCCAUGGUGAUCCUAUCAACCUACGCGGUCUUUUUCUCCUUACAGUAAGUGUGAAGUUUCAUCUCAAAUGCUGGCAGGUUGCUUUGAAUGAUAAGGAAGGGGUAAUGUGAGCUUCAUUGAGACAGAGGACACCAGGAAAUAGCAAGAAAGGAUAAGAGAAGCAAUGGGGAAACAGAGAGUUAUGGGAAUUGCUUUGCUGGAUCUGUUUAGGUUAGCAUGCUUUUUUCCAAUUGUGGUCAGCCAAAUUUAUUCUAGAUACUCAGAUCAUGGUAGUGACAGGUACCCUCUAGGGCCUGGCAAGACAGAGAGCCAGUGUGGUGUAGUGGUUAAGAGCGGUAGUCUCAUAAUCUGGUGAACUGGGUUCGCGUCUCCGCUCCUCCACAUGCAGCUGCUGGGUGACCUUGGGCUAGUCGCACUUCUUUGAAGUCUCUCAGCCCCACUCACCUCACAGAGUGUUUGUUGUGGGGGAGGAAGGGAAAGGAGAAUGUUAGCCGCUUUGAGACUCCUUCAGGUAGUGAUAAAGCGGGAUAUCAAAUCCAAACUCUUCUUCUUCUUCUACCUAGGGUUAAAGACGCUUCAGGUUACAGACGCUUCAGGUUACAGGCUCCGCUAACCCAGAAAUAGUACCUCGGGUUAAGAACUUUGCUUUAGGAUGUGAACAGAAAUCGCGUGGCGGUGGCACGGCAGCAGCGGGAGGCCCCAUUGGCUAAAGUGGUACCUCAGGUUAAGAACAGUUUCAGGUUAAGAACGGACCUCCAGAACGAAUUAAGUUCUUAACCCGAGGUACUACUGUAUCUGAUUUUCAACACUGUGAUAUAUCACCAGCUAAACAUCACAAUAUAACGACAUAUCACAGUGUCUGAAAUAAAGAUGGAGCUAUGUAGAGGCAUUGGCUGGCUUUGCAGUUUUCCCUGCAUUGUGAUUUUUGCACACACAUGCACACAUACACCAGGCUUUGUGAUACACUGGUACCUUGGUUGUCAAACGGCCUGGCUCCAGAACAAAUCGGCUCCCGAGUGCUGCAAAUGCAGGAGUGUUCCAGUUUGUGGACAUUUUUUGGAAGCUGAACGUCCGACGCGGCUUCCGAUUGAGUGCAGGAAGCUCCCGCAGCCAGUCAGUAGCCACUCCUUGGUUUUCGAACGGUUUCAGGAGUCGUAGGGACUCCCAGAACGGAUUAAGUUCAAGAACCAAGGUGCCACUGUAUAUUGCCAGAUCAAAAAUUAUGAAACCAAUAUAACAGUAUGGAUUCCAAACUGGUUUUGGACAAUAUAUUGAUAUAUCGCCCAGCCCUAGUACCCUCUGCUGCCUCUUCCCAGCACACAAUGAGGUACACUGCCUCUGUAAAGAAAGGUUUAAUUUUGCUUACAUAGCCAACAGAAGAAGCCAGGUAAUUAAAUCUUGCUUGUAUCACCUGUUCAGGGCUCUGGCCCAGGGUUGGAUAGGAUUAUGGGGAAUGUUUUGCUAGUAACCACCUGCUUUCCUCCAACCCUAAUCAAUGAUGGAACAGUGGGAGCUCCAAAAGCAGCUCUGGAUAAACUGCAGCCAGGAAAUGGAACAGAAAAAAAUCCCGUUGAUUCAUUUUACAAAGCAGCAGUUGCAUCUAAAUACAUUUUGCUGCUGUUGGACUUGGUUGUUGUUGCUUUUUUAUCGUACUGAGUUUCCGCCUUACUCCACUGAGCAGCUAAGCUAAAGACACGCCCUCUUUUUCAUGGGGAGAGUCGUCAUGACAAUUCAUAGUUAAAAGGAGAAGUCGGCAAAUGUGUUCUCUUUUUUUGCUCUUCAAAACAUGGCAACCCUAGCAGUCUCUACAGCAAUAGACAGGGUUAAUUGGUUAACUAUGUAAUCAUUUUCAUGUAUAAAGCACUGCAUGUGUAUUUUUAAAAACAGCAACAGCAAAAUGGGCUUACUCUGGAGAAUAGCCAGACUUCAUAACAGACCUGUUGCCCAUUUUAGAAAAUGGCCAAAUAAAAUGUCCAGUGAACCCAUCACAAUUUAAACUAUAAAAUCCCUUUGGCUCCCCCCCCCCCCAGCCUUGUAUGUCACUCUAAAGUUCCAUGAACAUCAGAAUUAGGAAACUGGAUCUAGCCCGCUAGCUUUUCUCCCCCAGCCUGAAUGGACCAAGUUUGACAGGUGGGUGGGACCACUCUCCUGUCAAUCACCUGAUGUCACAAUGUCAGGUGACCCAUUUUUGCCUGUGCAGAUUUAGAAUCUAGAGUUUGGGUGUAGAGCAGGUGGGCGUGGCUUGGUUGAAAUGGUCUCAGUCCAGUAUAUCUGAAGAAGCGUCUCCACCCCCAUCGUUCUGCCCGGACACUGAGGUCCAGCACCGAGGGCCUUCUGGCAGUUCCCUCACUGCGAGAAGCCAAGUUAUAGGGAACCAGGCAGAGGGCCUUCUCGGUAGUGGCACCCGCCCUAUGGAACGCCCUCCCACCAGAUGUCAAAGAGAACAACAACUACCAGACUUUUAGAGGACAUCUUAAGGCAGCCCUGUUUAGGGAAGCUUUUAAUGUUUAAUAGGUUAUUGUAUUUUAGUGUUUUGUUGGAAGCCGCCCAGAGUGGCUGGGGAAGCCCAGCCAGAUGGGCGGGGUAUAAAUAAUAAAUUAUUAUUAUUAUUAUUAUUAUUAUUAUUAUUAUUCCCACAGAACAGAAGUUCCGCCCCUCUGAUGUACAUAGAUAUAUAGGUAUAGAUAUAGAAAGUAAGAUAGGCAAUGAAAUAGCACCUUGCAUCUUUAGGCUCAACUUUCCUGUGAGCAGGAGGGAAAGAAAAAGCAACGAGGAGAAACUGACAUUGGCACCAUUCCUAUCUAUGGUGGCUUCUCUGUCAGCUGACACAUCACCUGUGUCCCUCACUGCAAAAUAUUUAAGGGCCCGAAUAGACUUUUCCUUAAAAGUGUGGUUUGUUUUCCGGGGUGGGGGAUAAGGGCAGGGGCAUGGGUGAGGGGCGACUGGUAGGGAAGAGAGAAACAAAUGGAAGCCAAACAGAAGAAGAGUUUGGACUUGAUAUCCCGCCUUUCACUACCCUUUAAGGAGUCUCAAAGUGGCUAACAAUCUCCUUUCCCUUCCUCCCCCACAACAAACACUCUGUGAGGUGAGUGAGGCUGAGAGACUUCAGAGAAGUGUGACUAGCCCAAGGACACCCAGCAGCUGCAUGUGAAGGAGCGGGGAAGCGAACCUAGUUCACCAGAUUACGAAUCUACCGCUCUUAACCACUAUACCACACUGGUUGAGUAUCUCAAGAGAGCUAUAUUUUGAAGACAGAGAAGAACAGUAAUGGAGGACAAAAAAAAAAAAAAAAAAGGUUAGCGACUGGAAAUGAAUUCUUUUAUCAUUUUCAUUUUCCCUUCCUUUGUUUCCUCAAGCUGCCCAUUAGAUACUGAUGAAAUUGCUGUAAGCCGCACUGAGGACAAGGGGAUACAACGUAAAUAUAAGAACAAAUAGCUUGUUCCUGUAACUAGCUAACAUAGUAGGCAUAUCAUUAUGACAGGAUUCGGCCACUUCAUUCGCCAUUCCCUCUGUCUGGAGAAAAGUGCCAACUGUUUCUCUGCGGAGAAGGAGGGCAGCAGUGGCACGAGCGAAUUCACAGACCCUUCGCUAAGCUGCCACUUCCAGCUCCCUCCACAAGUCAGUCAAAUUGAUACAAAGCCGGCAUCAGUUUGCAGGGCAGAUGUGCCCGUUGCCCUGGAUUGCACAGUGCAAAUAUUACAUCAUGCACACAUUUCUCUUUAUCUGCUGCCAGCUUCUGGUUCGCUGCGGGAUGAAAAUGCUGCGGUUGUUUGUCUUGCCAUCCUAACAAACGAGAUAGCAGCUGACUAAUUUACUACUUGAUGCUUAGUCUUUUAAAGCUGCAAAUUAUGAAGCUGUUUUUCAUCCGAAAUGAAAAAUGCCCUCCCGCCUGCUCCCCUCAUCUUCUGUUUGUUUGGCUUGAUGUUAUAUUGUCUUUGCUGCUGGCCCUUGGCUAUCAAUUCUAUCAAUGCAUCCCUGAUUAGGAAGGCUCUUGAAGUGUUUUUAUUCUGCUCUUAUUAACCAGUAGGGUUUUGUUUUUUUAUGUUUUGCAGGGGGUUUCUCGGAACUCUGCUAGCUCUCCUCAUUAUUGGAUGGUGCAGCCUCUCAGCCUCCAAAAUAUUCACUUCCGCCUUGUCGAUGGAAGGCCAGCAGUUUCUGGUUGCCUACCCCUGUGCUUUGCUCUAUGGUCUCUUUGCACUCAUGGCUAUCUUCUGAGCUUUGGUUUCCAGGCAAACUGUGCUAUCUUAUGUUGGACUGCAAAAUCAGAACCAUCUACAGAUCUUUUUGAAUGAUUUAGGGAUGUUCCCCAAAGCUCAUGGUUUAGGGCUCGAAUUCAGCCUGGAAAGCUUGCUGUAUUGAGGGGCACCAGCUCCUGGGGACUGAGCCUUUUUGCCCCCCAAUAUUUUGGGGGUGAGGGCCAGCCCCCCAAUGUCUAAAAAGUACAAAGGCAAACCGUGGAGCUGAGUGUGGUAUAGCUCUAGUGGCCGGCUCCUUUUCUUCCUUCAUUUCAUUUUCAUUUUACUUUUAAUUUGUAUACAGUGGAACCUCGGGUUACAUACGCUUCGGGUUACAUACGCUUCAGGUUACAGACUCCGCUAACCCAGAAAUAGUACCUCGGGUUAAGAACUUUGCUUCAGGAUGAGAACAGAAAUUGUGUGGCAGCGGCGUGGCAGCAGCAGGAGGCCCCAUUUGCUAAAGUGGUGCUUCAGGUUAAGAACAGUUACAGGUUAAGAACGGACCUCCGGAACGUAUUAAGUAUGUAACCAGAGGUACCACUGUACCACCCUUCUAUAUUUCUAUAUACAAGGUGGUUUAUGGCAACAAAAUAUACAGCAAAGAACACACACCUUAUCAUAAUCUGAUCCAAUAAUAAUAAUAAUAAUAAUAAUAAUAAUAAUAAUUUAUUAUUUGUACCCCGCCCAUCUGACUGGGUUUCCCCAGCCACUCUGGGCGGCUUCCAUAGAAACCAAAAAUACAGUAAAAUAUCACAGAUUAAAAACUUCCCUGAACAGGGCUGCCUUAAGAUGUCUUCUAAAUGUCAGGUAGUUGUUUAUUUCUUUGACAUCUGACAGGAGGGUGUUCCACAGGGCGGGCGCCACUACCGAGAAGGCCCUCUGCCUGGUUCCCUGUAGCUUUGCUUCUCGCAAUGAGGGAACCGCCAGAAGGCCCUCGGCGCUGGACCUCAGCGUCCGGGCAGAACGAUGGGGGUGGAGACGCUCCUUCAGGUAUACUGGGCCGAGGCCGUUUAGGGCUUUAAAGGUCAACACCAGCACUUUGAAUUGUGCUCGGAAACGUACUGGGAGCCAAUGUAGGUCUUUCAAGACCGGUGUUAUGUGGUCUCGGCGGCCGAGUCACCAGUCUAGCUGCCGCAUUCUGGAUUAGUUGUAGUUUCCGAGUCACCUUCAAAGGUAGCCCCACGUAGAGCACAUUGCAGUAGUCCAAGUGGGAGAUAACUAGAGCAUGCACCACUCUGGCGAGACAGUCCGCAGGCAGGUAGGGUCUCAGCCUGCGUACCAGGUGGAGUUGGUAGACAGCUGCCCUGGAUACAGAAUUGACCUGCGCCUCCAUGGACAGCUGUGAGUCCAAAAUGACUCCCAGGCUGCGUACCUGGUCCUUCAGGGGCACAGUUACCCUAUUCAGGACCAGGGAGUCCUCCACACCAGCCCGCCCCCUGUCCCCCAAAAACAAUACUUCUGUCUUGUCAGGAUUCAACUUCAAUCCAUUAGCCGCCAUCCAUCCUCCAACCGCCUCCAGGCACUCACACAAGACCUUCACCGCCUUCACUGGUUCUGAUUUGAAAGAGAGGUAGAGUUGGGUAUCAUCUGCAUAUUGAUGGACACCCAGUCCAAAUCCCCUGAUGAUCUCUCCCAGCGGCUUCAUAUAGAUGUUAAAAAGCAUGGGGGAGAGGACGGAACCCUGAGGCGCCCCACAAGUGAGGGCCCAGGGGUCUGAACACUCAUCCCCCCCCACCACUUUCUGAACACGGCCCAGGAGGAAGGAGCGAAACCACU